GUCCUAAUCCAGAUACAAUUGCACUUCGUUUAAAUAAAUGAAGUCGUUCAGGUCAAACUUUGUUGGCAAACACGUCACUUCAACCGAUCUCUAAAACGAUCUCGAAACUUUGAUCUCCAUUCUGAAUCGUGUCCUUUUCUGAGAUCGAUCGUGCGUAUGGAAUGCCUGAGACAUAUAACUGUCUGAAUAAUUUACAGGAGACUAAUAAAAAUUAUGAACAGAAGCACUGAGAAGAAAACAACCGAGGAAUCAAAUAAUAAUGAUAAUACAAUGUUCCAUAUAGGUCCCAGGAAGCAAUUCUUGAGCGAUGACGAGUACUUCAUGAUUGCAGCUCAUUUAACUGCUCAAAGGAGCAAGGAUCCAGUUACACCGGUGGGAGCAUGCAUAGUAACCUCGGAUGGCAAGCUGGCCGGUACUGGUUUUAACAAAAUGCCAGACGGGUGUUUAGAUGAUGAGUUCCCAUGGGACGAACGUGAUCUCAAAAAUAAAUAUGAUACAAAGUUUCCCUAUGUGACUCACGCAGAGCUUAACGCAUUGAUGGAGAAGCAGGGAUGUGACGUCAGAGGGGGUAAGAUUUACAUCACGCUGUUUCCCUGCAACGACUGUGCCAAGAUGAUUAUACAAGCAGGCAUUAAACACGUCUUCUACGCCUCUGAUAAGUACAGGGAUAGUAACAUCUACCUCAUGAAAGCAUCUGAAAUGAUGAUGGACUCUGCUGGAGUUACAUAUACGAAACUCCGACCUACCUCAAUUGUCAUAUCUCCUGAAGAAGAGUAAGAAAUCAUUCUAACCAUACCAACAGUACGACAGAUGAUACUGCGACUGAAGAAGAAAUUUCAUAGGCAUAAAGAAGGAUAAGAACAGUCCGGACUUUCGAAGCCAUAACUGGUUGUCAUUGGUGUAGAAUACGAUGGAUAUGAUACGAUAUUAUCUUUUGUGGUGUCAUUUGUGUCAUUUCAGGUUUUGCAUUUAUUGCGUUAUACAUUGGUAAAAGGAUAAAAUUCAAAAUUAUAGAAGUCUACGUUGAUACCUCAUUUCAAUGUUUACCAUUUUUAGCAUAAUAAUUGGCGUUAUUCAAAUGAUUUAUCAGAAUACAAUUUAAUAAUCCCUACCAUUUUACUAUUACGAUCUUUUUAAAAUGAGACACUGUUCAAAGUGUAUGUAAAUGAUAUGACAAAAUGAUUAUGAUAUCAAUUUUAGUCCGCUUUUCUUUCAAAUUUCCCAUAGAAAAAAAUCAUCUAAAAUAUAAUAAACUUUAUUGGCAUUGUUGUGUUUUAUCUUACCUUUACCUUUUACUCGAUCAUCAAGAAUAUACUUUUCAAUAGACUCUGCCUCAUAGAUAUUAGCUUAUUAGUGGGAAUUACUUUUAUAUUGUAAAUGUUUAUUCUAAGGAUUUAAUGGGCAUUACUUUUAUAUCAUAUAUAUUACUUUUCCAUUACCACGAAAUAAUGGGCAUUAUAUUCCUAUUAAAAUAUAUUAGCAGUCA